AUGCCUUACCUCCAGAGACUCCUCGUGGGGCUGAUGCUCUUCUCUCCGGCCAUCUAUGCCCUUGCUACUCCGGAGCAAGUCGCGAGGGGAAAGGUUAAAGGUUUCACGGGACCAGCGGACGUAGAAUUGACCGGCGACUACCUCACCGCGACCUUCUGCUACUGCGAAUACCCUCCAAGGAUAGAAGAAUACAUUGGCCUGACCCACUACUAUCAAUUUGAAUACUACAACACUCACCUCGACACUACCUUCAUUUUGAAUUCGACCUGUCCUCAAGAUUAUGUGGGUUAUGACUUUGGUUGUGUCCCUCCAGCUCGCGGGCAGCACGUGCUUGCUGGCUACACCAUGGAUGAGAAAUGCAGGACUUGGCAUGGAGAACACGACGACAAAUUUUGUUACCAGGCGUGGAGCAGCCAGGGUGACGACUACAUCUAUUUCAACGAUCAGAAGAGAGGUCUUGGCCAGAUGGGUAGUCAAGGUCCGGUAUGGAAACACAAGAUGGAGGCAGAGAAAGUUUGUGAAGGCAUGUGCCGGGAGAACAUGGAUGCAGAGCUUUUCAGAGACGAUGACUAUUUACCGAGCCAUCAGGUCGUGUGGACCGACUUGGAUGACAUGUGUGAUCACUGCCGUUAA